AUGGAAAGCAAGAUCAUUCAAGAGUUUGCUAUGGUGGCCAGUAAGAUAUGGUGGAGAAGGAACAACUUAGUUUUUAAAUGUGUUUUUGCUCACCCGAAGGUAAUUGUGCAAAAGGCUAGAAGCAUCUUGGAUGUGCUGAACGAGGAACUGGGUUGUAGUUCCAGUAAGGUCUGUACUUCAGCUAAGGUUUGGCAGGCUCCACCAUCAAAUUGGCUCAAGACGAACUGGGACAGUGCAAUUGAUAAGGCUAGAGGUAUCAUCGGAGUGGGAGUGGUAGUUAGGGACAGUACAGGCAAAAUCAUUGCAACCAUGAGGACUAAAAAACAUCUCUUCCCUGAUCCUUUGCUAGCUGAGUCUUUUGGAGCUCUUAAAAUAGUACAGUUUGGACUGAAGCUUGGACUAACAAAAGUAAUUAUUGAAGGGGAUUCCCUACAAGUCAUCAAUAGUCUUAGAAGGGACAAAGAAGGCUGUAAUAGUGCAACUAUGUUUGUAUGUGAAGCAAAACAGCUCUUAGAAAACUUUGCUAAGUGGGAGGUUUCUCAUGUAAGGAGAAAUGGCAACUCUAUAGCUCACUUGUUAGCAAAAGAUGCUCUUUCCAAUUAUGAUCACAUUGUAACGUUGGAGGAUCUCCCUCCUUUGUAUCCCUUUGGUUUGAUUGAAUGGAAAUGA